UGUCAGAAGAAGUAACAGUUGUGACUUUCUUGAACAGAUCACAAUGAAUCAUAAGUAUUAGUAGAGAAAAGGGAGGAAGUAGUUGCAACACAACACCUACAGAAUGAUCAGUCCGUUGAGUACAGCAGGUUUGGUCUUGUAACCGAUUUCGGUACUGCCAAAAUGCCUACGAACCCGUCCAGUGCAGCUGGCGAUGUGCCAGGUCGUGGGAAGAGACAAGUUGCUAACUCGCCAAUGGCUGCAGGUGUGCUAGCUUUUGAGAACCGGACGGAUAACACGGGUCGUAACAGUUCAUCCGAUGGCACUACCGGCCAGCUCUCUGUUGGAGUGAUCAGCGCUCACAAUCUGACUGCAAUGGAUGUGGGCGGUGCGUCCGACCCCUACUGUGUUGUACGUGUGGGCAAGUCCACCAAGCAGACAUCCAUCAGCCUGAACACGCUGCAACCGGAGUGGAAAGAAGUGCUCACGUUCAAAGUUGUCCUGCCUACAUUUGACCAGUCACUGUUGCGCGAGGAUUACUAUGUGACCAUAGAGAUUUGGGACCAUGACAAACUGAACCAGGAUGACUUCUUGGGUGCCUCGAUGCUGCCACUGGCAUUUCUGACGGAGAAGCCGACUACUUGCCUGUUACCGCUUGGCAGGAUAUCACCCAGUCAGAAAGUCUCUGGAGAAAUCCUUGUAACACUCUCUCUCAAGUCAUCCUCUCCCGGCGUGUUUGAACGAUGCGAUGCGAACCAUGAGCUGUAUGAAGCGUGUUUGCAGCGUAACUUCCAUCUUGAUAUUUCAUCUGGAAUGGAUAUCAUCCAGUUGCCUGGUCCAUCUGAACGUGUGGAGAUGGUCUUGAAUGAUAUCUUAGUGGAGAUUAGUGGUUGGAGAUCAGUUGCUCAAGUCUACCUGACAGACUACAGGUUGGUGUUGAUUUGCCAUAAAGACAAGCAACGCUUGCUGGAGACUGGCACUGAUUUGUCAAUGUGGGUUGCCCUUAGUAACAUUGUCAUGGUGGAACGUAGUGAAUCAGAUCAGGUUGUGCGUCGUUCCCUAUCUAAGUCCCGGCCCGCAACAUCGCAUAUCGACGACUCACCAUCAUCACUCUUGAUCAUGUGUUCAGAUUUCAGAACCAUUCGAUUGACGUUUGUCACCGUUUCCAGCUUGUCUGCUGACGAAGAUGACGAAGCAUCUCAAUCCUCCAUCUGGUACGACACGUCUGCUGCCGCUGCCAGCGCUGGCGGUGGUGCUGGUACUGGAACUGGUGAGCCAGAUGAUGCAUCAUCCACAUCCAGUGGUACAGCUGCUACAGCUUCUGACGCUGGUCUAAACAAAAAGACAACACCAGCAACAGCAAGCGUAGCUGCCACCUCCGGUAGUUCCUCCGGUUUCAUUCUCCACAGUGGCAGCGCCACUAGCGUGGAUGCUGCUGACAAACCUAACACACCCGCCACUAGCGUGGAUGCUGCUGACAAACCUAACACAUCCACACCCGCGGCCACGUCAUCGCCGUUGGCGGCCACAUCAGCUGUGGCGUCUUUCAAGCGCACCACGUCCGCUUCAGCAUCCGCCUUUGCCGGCCGACUAAAGCAAGGCUUCCGUCGCAACAACUCCACGCAGCCAGCCCAGCCCACUGCCACGUUUGCCACCACCAUGCCUGGCGUAGGCGAAGAUGAGAUCACAGCAACACGAGGCGCUAGAAGCAGCACGUUCGCUAGUAUUGAUAGCACCACUGGUGUAAUGAAGGACAGCGGUAAUGCUGCUGCUGCAAGGAACAAACCAGCGCGACCGGAGCAACCAGCGCAUAUAAACACGCCGUCCGCAGUCAAUGCCGUCAGUGGCAUGGCUACUAACCAGCCGCCGCCGUCAUCGCAUGCUAGCCUAGCUGUGACCACGUCUUCUCCGUCAGCUUGUCCAGCCUCGUCGUCCUCGCCUGGCACUGAGGAUACAGCUGGCGGUGGAGCCACGACUAGCUCCACUGCUAACAGUGGUGCUACUGGUGGUGACGUCAUCAUGACAUCAUCGCCGUCUAGCCAGGCAGGUGUAGCAGAUGCUGGUGAUGAUGCUAGAGAUGAUGUGGCUCCACUAGGUCAGGGUGUGGUGGUGACACAGAGUAGAUCAACAACACAACGAGGACCACGCCCAGCAGCACAGCGCACACCAUCGUCGUCGUCAUUGUCAUCAUCAUCGCGCAGGACGAAACGAACCAGCACUCCCCUGGGUCCGGCGUCCGGUAAGGGUCUGGCUAUGACGCUAUCCAGCACAUCAUCGCACAGUCAAGAGGACGAAGAGAAUGUCCUACAGUCCAUACGCAGCAGUAUCUACCUCUCUCCCGGACCGGGUGUCUUCACAGCCGAUACGCUGUCGUCAGACUCGGUUAGUCCGCCAUCGUACACCGUUCGCGUGCAGGACAAUGGCAAAGAGUAUCGUGCCACCACGCAGCCAGCACACGCAGCAUCCUCAUCGACCUCAUCCACAGAUGGUGAGAAUGCCAGCAAUGCGCCAAGCUUUGUCUCCAGUGCCAGCGGAGCUCUUGGCAAUCUAGCGGAAAGUACGGGUCAAGCGUUACGCGGUUACGUGGAUAAGAGUCUGCACUACUUGUCGCGAGAGCAGAUCACCUGUGUGCUGUAUUCGAUGCUGUGGAAAUCUGGAAUUGCGGACUUGACCAGUUCUCAGCAUCAGGCUCAUCGUCCUGUAGUGUCGUUACAACAACGUUUGGAGUUUGUUAUCAACAACGCGGCAGAUUGUCCACCAAGCAAGCUGUUUGUACGGCAAUGCCCCAGGGGUAUGGCUUUGGACGGCUGGUCAGUAUUCGACAUGAAAGCAGAGAUGGCAAGAUUGAAUGUAUCUGAUAGAUGGCGCUGUGUGCGGAACACAGAUAUAUGUGCUACUUAUCCGGACUAUCUGUAUGUUCCCAGUGCCAUAUCGGUAAGGACCAACAGUGUUCACAUGUCGUAUGUUUGGCUCAGGACGCCUACCAGUGUUGUGUUGGUACAAUGCUAA